CUCCCAAGUCAAAAAUAUCGUCCAGGUUGGAAAAAUGUUUGCGAUUGAACAAUAUAAAACCAUGCAAAGUUGUAAUUGUUAGAUUACCUGAAAAUUAUAAACAUUUGUCUGUGAAAACUCGCUCUUCUAGGCAGAAACAGAAGAAGAAAGCUCUCUUUCCAAAGCCAAAACAGAACAAUGUAGUCGUUGAUGACCGAAAAUUAGUAGACUGCUCAAUGCCAAUUGAGAACAGUCGGCAAGUGAAUCAGGGUGUAGCAGUAUGCUCCGAGAAGGAGUUUGACACUUUUCAAGUGCCUUCCGAUAGAUUUGAAGUUGCUGAAACUAGCUCGAAAAUAGAUGUAGAAGACUGUCAUAACCUAUCCAAGUUGGUAGAAGAGAACCCGAUUGAAUUCAGGUUGUCUGUGAGAUUGGAUCGUAUUGACCAAUCAGUAUUUUUCCUCAGCAAUGAAAAGCGCGACUCGUUCAAAAUCGACAAUCUGUAUGGAUCGUUUGGAGAGGACAUGGAGACUUCAUCGGACGACGAUGUGCCCAUCACACCUUCAGCCAGAAAGACCGACCGCAACAAGGCACGUCUUAGCACACCUCGACCUAGAUACAAACCAUUGAAAGUGAAAAUCACCAAGAGCCCGCCGAGGAAGGUCUCCAAACCUCUGCCCCAUUGCUGGGUCCUCUUGAACAAACUCAAUUUUGAUGACUAUAAAGGAUCUUGUUCGAGCUCAUCAGCCAGCUCGUCACACUGCUUGGCUGGUUAUUCAAAGUGAGUAGCCUCUACUGUACUCAAUCAAGUAUAUCUUCCUUUUAUAUUUAUCAAAUUGUCAAUCAUUUGUUUAUU